UAACUAACCUAAUUCUUUGUUUUUGUUAUUCUUCAAAUCCUAAACUGUCUUCUUGAAGGGAAAACACGAAAUCAUUAGGAAUUAAUAUUCAUAUUGACUAUUAUUUUCUAAUUAUAUCAAAAUAUUAACAUAAAGGUUCAAAGUCUUUUUCACAUGGAUCUUCUGCUAUUAUUCCCACCUAUUAAAAUUGUGUAUACAAUUCAUGAAGUCAUAUGAAUAAGAUUCAUAAAAUUAAGGAAAAUGACAUUGGAUACAGUACAUGUCUAUAAAAUUUGUAGAACAUGUCUAACGGAAGAAAAUGUAUCUCAAUCAAUUUUCAAUGUAAAUGAAUGCAAUGGUCAAACUAUCAGCUUAUUGCAGAUGCUGCAAUCCUAUGCAAGUGUCCAGGUUCUAGAGAACGAUGGAUUACCAAGUCAAGUAUGUGAACAAUGUGUUGAUAACAUAAAGAAAACAUACUCCUUCAAACAAUUAUGUGAAAGAUCAGAUUCAACUCUUCGUCAGAUAUUGGAAAAAACAUAUACCUCAGUGUUACCUUUACCACACCAUAAAUAUAGAGACACAGAUGAGGAUUUGAUAGAUAACUCAAAUGCAACCAGUGAACAAUUUGAUAUAACUGAACAAAAUGUGUCUCCUUGUGCGAUGAAACUCCAAUUGAACGCCAUUCCAUUGGAAUCAGAAUUGUUAGAUAUUAAAAUAUUAGGAAACUUUGAUAGGAACACUUCACAAGAUAUCAAUGAAAUAAAUGGUCCUUUGAAUACUGAUGCAAUUGGUAAUUUUCAGAAUAAUUCCAGUUGCCAUGAAAUACAUGAGAUUGAAAGUUCAUUGAAUAAUAGUUUUGAUGAUAGUAAUUAUUCAGCUAUCAAACCGAUAAGAGAGGAUCCACUGAUUGUACAAGAUGACAAUAUAAAUCAAGAUGAAACAAAUCAGACUCUUUACUUCUGUGAAAAAUGUACUAGCUGCUUCACCAACAAGCAAGAUCUGGAGGAUCACAUUACUAUACAUUUUCAACCCCAAAAUGAAUCAAAGUCUAAAAAAACUCAUAUUUGCUGCAAAUGUCAACAGACUUUUGCAAGUGCAAGCACACUUAGUCGUCAUAUGAAGGUUCAUGAUGGUACAAAAAAACACCUUUGCAAUGAAUGUGGCAAGGGUUUCUCGAGAUCAGAUGAUUUAGCCCGCCAUAUCAGAACCCAUACUGGCGAAAAACCUUAUUCCUGCAAAAUCUGUUCGAAGUCUUUUGCCCAAUCUUUCAGGUUGCUGGAGCAUACAAGGGCCCAUGCUGAUGAGAAAUCGUUCCAAUGUAAAACUUGUGGUAAAGCAUUCUCACGUUAUACAAGCUUGGCAGUACAUUCAAAGACCCAUUUGAAAUUGAAAACACAUGUUUGCGGUCUUUGUGAUAAAAGGUUAUGUGGUUCUGGAUCAUUAGCAAUGCAUAUGAAAACACAUACUGGAGUGAAGGAUCAUGUUUGCCCUUUCUGUGGAAAGGGGUUUACCACUUCCAGUAACUUAGUCAUACAUAAACGUACUCACACAGGUGAAAAGCCUUAUGUUUGUUCGACUUGUGGAAAGGCUUUUCCAGACCCUUCAAGACUUACAGUCCACCAAAGGUCCCACAGCGGAGAGAAACCCUAUGUCUGUCAAUACUGCAACCAUGGGUGUGUUAGUUCAUCGCAACUGAAGAAACAUGUUAGGAUUCAUACUGGCGAGAAACCCUAUAAAUGUGAUUUGUGUCCAAAGGCAUUUCCGAGAAGUGAAGAUUUGAAGUUACAUCGCAAGACACAUAAUGGUUAUAGAGAUUACAUCUGUUACUAUUGCAACAAAGGAUUUUACCAGGCAUCAACCUUGAAGGUUCAUCUGAGGAUACACACUGGAGAGAAGCCAUACAGUUGUAAAAUUUGUAAAAAAUCAUUUUCACAAACUAGUCCUUUAACUGUGCAUAUGAGGACCCAUAACACAGAUUAGGAUGAUGUAUUCGAUGUAUGAUCAUAAAAGAUUUAAAUAAGACUUUUCAAUUGA